AUGGUUGCAGACAAGGAGAGGGUCAAAAACUUCAAAUGCAGGUUUUAUGGUGACACUCAACUGAAAAGACUGCUGAAAAAAAAGGCUGUGAAGGUGUACAAAGAGCUGCCCAGCCUGCUGGGGAAGAAAGGAGAGAAGGUUGUGCCUGUGAAGGUCUGGCUGUAUCCACUGAGCAAGCUUAUUAACACUAAGCUCAAGCUCAAAAGAGCCAUAUCAGAGACACUAGUGCCAGUAGCAGAGAAGGCGUUUGAUGAUUUCCAACAGACUAAGAUAAGAACCAACGAUCUUCUGGAGGUGAGCAGAGAGAUUGAGGUUGAAGACAUCAUCACCAAACUGGAGAAGUUCCAAAGCAGCCUGAGUGUUUUCACCGUUGAGUUCCUGCGGAAAAUGGCAGUUCUGAUCCCAGCCAUCAGAGCAGGCAACGCAGAGGAAACAGCCCUGAGAGACCUCCUGAUGUCCCAAGAUGCAUCUGGCUUCAGUGGGAAAGAAAUGGAGCAGUGGCUGGAUGGAAAGGAGACUGAGAUCAACACUGUCACCAUGUACAGAAAACUAUUACCAGGUUACAUGAUUAAAACUCCUGGCCCGGAGCUCGACACUUUCCUGAUGGACCCAAAAGUCAAAGAUGCCCUUGUGUUCAGCUUCACCUCUCUGAAUGAUGAGGAAGUCUAUCUGAAAAAAAAAACCCACACAGGCAGCGGUGAACCUCAGGAGUGGUUCCAACAGUAGCACAUCUAUACAGGACACAACCGAAAAAGCCCCA